AUGGCGGAGCCCGUAAUUAUCGCCUCGGGAUUGACGUACGAGCGCGAGUAUAUCCAAGCCUGGUUCGACGCCGGUCACAUGACCUGCCCGCGGUCAGGAGAAAAAGUUCGCCACACCGAGUACUUUCCGAAUGUGGCUCUCAAGGCGUUGAUCAUGGAGUGUGCGCGUGAGGGGCCGCGGAACAGCGAUGAUGGCGCGGGGAGCAGCGGGAGCGAGAUGGCCGCACGCAACCGACGGCAGGCCCUUUCGACAAUGUCCGCGCGGGAGCGCGAGGCUCCCGGCGGUCGAGAAGCGGACGCGCAGCGGCGGCGCAGUCACGAGCAGCAGAGAAUGGCCGUCGCCGGGUUGAGGGAAGCUGCACAUGAGGGUUCAAACGCAGCCAGUCACGGCAGGGGACCUGCUUCGUUAACGGACGGACUCGCCUCCCCGGGGAGUAGGGCUGCAGGGUUGGGUUUAAAUACAGCAGGCGUACGAACAGCAGCCAUGGACUCGGGUGCCCCACGCAUGGCACGAGCGGGAACUGCGCCGGUAGGGGGAGCGCAUCCGCUGGAGCGGAAGAAAGGGCCCGUCGCGGCGCCCCAUUUGCGGCCUGACCGCCGGCGCACUAUGAGCUGGGACGGCAGCCACGACCCUCUGGCUGCCGGCCGGCUAGACCCGUCUGUUCUGGCUGGAGCUGUGGUGUACGAUCGAGCAGCGUCCCCGGUGGCGGGAUCAGGCCCGCAAACAGGCCGGGAACCGCGCCCGUCGUCCAGCGGGGCUGGCUCGUUAGCAGCACGCAGACAGCGCAGGCUGUCCCCGUUACAAGCCUCAGGCAAGCUCACCAGUCCGCUUGUCAAUCCUGAAGCCGUGGCCUCCCCGCAGCUGCCACCGCGGGCAGGAGGGGUGACAUCAGGGGCGGGAGUUAGGGUUUCCGCGCGGGAAGGGGCGGGCGGCGGGCUGUGGUCGCCUCAGGAGCAGGCAAGCGGGGGCCAUGGCAGGGGGCCCAGUGGCGGGGCGGCGGCAGGGGGGAGCGCCGCAGCUGAAAUGCAGGUAGGACCUGGGAUUCCGAGGGGAGGGUCGAUAACUGCGAGCUCACCCAGGCACAGGCUCUCUAGAGGAAGCAGUGGGGGCAGUAGCACGGGCGCCCCCCUCCCUCCCCUGUCCCCUCAGGUUCAGCAGGUGAUGCAGCAGCAGCACAGACAUUCAGGGCAGCAGCAGGGAUCGCAGGUACCUCCGCCACGUGCAAUGACAACCGUUGAUGGGAUGGUUGAGGCGAUGGAUCGAGGGUCAGCAGAGCAGCGGGUGGAAGCGGUGGUGCAGCUGAGAGCAGCAGUGAAGGAGAGCUGUGAGAACAGGCAGCGGCUGCUGGAGCGAGAAGACGGGGUGCCCAUCCUUCUUGACUUUCUCGAUGAGGCCGUUGCUGCUCUGGGCGGAGGGGGAGGGAGGGCGGCAGGGCGGGAGGGGCGGGGGCGGGGAGUGAUGGAUCCUGCACUGGUGGUGGACUGUGCAGUGGCUGUGGUGCUACAGCUGUGCCAGUCGCGCGAUGGCGCUGCCGAGUUCAUUGACGUGGGCGGCGUGCCGACCCUCGUGGAUGUGCUCUCUCACACUGGGCCAGCCAGCAAGGCAGGAGCAGGAGCGUCAGCAGGAGUUGCAUCAGGCAUUUCGAGCAUGGUGAAGGGGAAUGCAGCUGCGGCGCUGUUUGCGCUUUCCUCGUGGGACGAUGUGAUGGAUGAAUCUGUGAACGCGAGCAGGAAUGGCAACGGGGCUGGCCCGAGCAGGAACAUCCACAAGACAAAGAUUCAAGCUGCCGGGGCCAUUCCCUCGCUUGUCCGUUUGCUCACAAAUGAGACAGCGCGGUGCAGAAAGGAUGCAGGGCUUGCCCUCUUCUCCCUCUCACAGGACCUGUCGUGUGCAAAUGAGAUCGUGAGGGAAGGCGCUGUGGGCAUUCUAGUGGAUCUUCUGGGGGAUAAAAGGCCAGGGGUUGAGGAGAAGGCCAUGGCUGUGUUGGCCAAUCUUGCGAGGACACGUGGCGGGCAAGAGGCGCUGUUGGCAGUGGAAGGGACGCUUGUGAUAUCGGAUGUGCUGGAGAGUGAGUCUGAGAGGGCAAGGGAGGAGGCGCUGUGGACGCUGCACCAUCUGGUUACCACAGGGGUUGUGGCGCCUGCGGUGCUGCUGAAUGAUGGAGCGCUGUUCCCGAUUGCAAAGCUGGCUUGCAAGAAAGGGGCUCUUGCGGAGGCAAAGGAGUUGCACCGGAUUUUGAUGACUGCGAGAAAAGGUGGUGGUGAAAAAUGA